UGGGAAGCAGAGGGAGCUAUGGCGGAUGGUGAGGAACCGUAAGUGCCCUGGAGAAGAAAAGAAGGAGGCUAGAGGAGCUGCUGGCGGAUGGAAUGGCUGUUGAUGGUGGGUGUGGGGACACUGGAGACUGGGAAGGUCGCUGGAACCAUGUAAAGAAGUUCCUCGAGCGAUCUGGACCAUUCACACAUCCCGAUUUCGAGCCAGGCACUCAAGCCCUUGAUUUUUUGCUAAGCACAUGUAAAGUCCUAGUUAUUGGAGCAGGAGGAUUAGGAUGCGAACUCCUGAAAAAUCUGGCAUUGUCUGGCUUCAGGCAGAUCCAUGUUAUUGACAUGGACACUAUAGAUGUCUCUAACCUCAAUCGACAGUUUCUGUUUCGACCGAAGGACGUGGGGCGACCAAAGGCUGAAGUUGCAGCAGAAUUCCUGAACAGCCGCAUUCCCAACUGUGCUGUUGUACCAUAUUUUAAAAAGAUCCAAGACAUGGAUGAAAGCUUCUAUCGACAGUUCCAUAUUAUUGUUUGUGGGCUGGACUCUAUAAUUGCAAGAAGAUGGAUAAAUGGCAUGCUGAUGUCCUUUUUACAUUAUGAUGAUGGGGUACUGGAUCCAAGUUCCAUCAUACCUUUGAUAGAUGGAGGGACGGAAGGUUUCAAAGGAAACGCUCGUGUGAUCAUUCCUGGUAUGACAGCAUGUGUUGAGUGCACACUUGAGCUUUAUCCACCACAGGUCAAUUUUCCCAUGUGCACUAUUGCAUCCAUGCCCAGAUUGCCAGAGCAUUGUAUUGAGUAUGUCAGGAUAUUGCAGUGGCCAAAGGAGCAACCUUUUGGAGAAGGUGUUGCAUUGGAUGGAGACGACCCUGAACAUAUCCAGUGGAUUUACCAGAAGUCUUUAGAAAGAGCAUCACAAUUUAAUAUUAAAGGUGUUACCUACAGACUCACCCAAGGGGUGGUUAAACGAAUUAUUCCAGCAGUAGCUUCUACAAAUGCAGUAAUUGCAGCUGUUUGCGCCACUGAAGUUUUUAAAAUAGCCACAAGUGCAUAUGUUCCUCUUAACAACUACUUGGUGUUUAAUGAUGUGGAUGGAUUGUACACAUACACCUUUGAAGCUGAAAGGAAGGAGAACUGUCCAGCUUGCAGCCAGCUUCCCCAAAACAUAGUGAUUUCCCCAUCAGCUAAACUGCAGGAGGUCUUGGAUUACUUGACAAAUAAUGCUUCAUUGCAAAUGAAAUCUCCUGCAAUCACAGCAACUAUGUUUGGGGGAAACAAAACACUUUAUCUACAGACAGUAGCUUCAAUUGAAGAACGAACAAGGCCAAAUCUUUCCAAGACACUAAAAGAACUGGGACUUGUGGAUGGCCAAGAGCUUGCAGUUGCUGAUGUUACAACACCACAGACUAUGUUGUUCAAGCUUCACUUUACCACUUAAUUUAUUCAUAAGUAAAGUGCAAAUACAGCAAGACAAAUCUGUGCCCACCUUGUAAAACAAAUAUACUCUGUGGGUGUUAAAGCAGCCUGAAAUGUUCCUGUAAGUGCUAGCAUGGUUGAAGGUUAGGAAAUCCAAACAAAUCACCAUAUUUCGGAAUUUGUACGUAGAAGCCAAUAUUUGGUGGAUUAUAUUUGUAUAAAUGCUUAUUCAUGUACAGAUCUCUGAUGUAUAGAAAUACACUUUUCCCCGUUUUUUUUUGGUCAAAAUGUUCAUGCUAAUGUACUUUCAGACACGUGGAACUCAAGGUGGCUAAAAGUCUUUUUUUUAACACGUAUGCAUACGUAUAUGCAAAGAAAGGACCUUUUAAAUGGAACCACAGCAAUCUGGUUUUUAGUAGCAGCACUCCUUUGGACUUGCUGAGUCACCUUAAACCAGAAGAGGCAGUAAAUUAAAAUGAGCAUUUUCUUCUUAUUAGAUACUGAUUUGAUCAAUUUUAUGAAAGGUUUCAAGUGUGGAAGAGAUGACUGUUUAUGAGAAACACAAAAGUACAAAAUGAUCAGCUGUACGUGAAAAGACAGACGUGUCUCCUCACUGUCCCCAGGCAGCCACCAUGCACAGCAUUGCAAGAUUAUGUUCAAAUGUCAUUGGUGCUGUUCAGGUAUUUAUUAAUAAAAAUCAUAAAGACACC